AUGGAUUCAAAUGGAGCCAAUAGUCUGGGAAAAACGGUUUGGAAUUGUUUUACCAGUAAUUAUCUAAUAGAGUAUUCAUUUCCGGUGAUUGCUAUUAUUAUAUUAAUAAUUUUCGUUACAGCCAUUAUAAGCACCAAACAAUGUUUUCGUUCACAUUCUAUCGUUGCUGUGUGCUCUAAACGAUUUCAGCCUGCCUGUCGCAUUAUUUUGCCAGACAUCCAUCAAACAUCUAUAUCGACGAGUCGUCAGACUCUCCCUGUUACGAAUUUACACGGAGCAGUCAUUGACACACCGGCUGCAAUUUCAUCACCAACGCAAUCACAAAAUACAAUCAACGCAGCAGAAUGUGAUCCACUUUUGUAUAAUAUUUUUCAGCGUGUAAUAGAUUCUAUCAAACACUAUCAAAAACAGCAAGAAUCUGGCGGAUGUGGUCUUGAAAAUCGCGGGCAUUCAUGCUAUAUCAAUAGUGCUCUCCAAUGCCUUUGUCAUAUUCGUCCAUUCGUUGAAAUUAUACUCAAUCUUCCAGAGCAACAAUCAUCUCAGUUGCCACCGAUCACAUCAGCAUAUCGUCGACUGUUAAUUGAAAUGCAAUCGAUUUUGGAAGGUUCUACUAGUGCACAUGAAGUGAAAACUUGUAUUAGCGAGUUAAACCGACGUUUUGCUGGAACUGAUGAACAAGAUAGCCAUGAAUUUCUAACUGUACUGAUUGAAGCUCUUCAUGAUGAAUUGAUGGAUAAUUACCAGAACUCAUCCAUAGGUGACCUUAUGCAUGGUACCAUUAGAUCGACUGUCAAAUGUCUUGUUUGUGAGGAAGAAACCAAUACAGACGAUUCAUUUUUAUCUCUUCCACUGCCCAUCUAUCGAUCAGCUGCCGCAAGUUUUGGAUUCGACACAAUCAAGAACAUACUUGCGAAGUCAAUGGCUCUUUUUAGUUAUGCUAUGCAAACUGACCCUACUCUUUAUGACUGUUUUGAAAACCUACUAGCAAUGGAACAAUUAGGUCCAAACGGACAGUGGUUUUGUCAAAAUUGUCAGAAACCAACCGAUGCAAUUAAGAAACUAGAUUUAUUUCAACUACCAAGAGUAUUGAUUCUUCAGUUGAAACGAUUCACAUAUGAUCUCACGGAUGACACGAAAAUUACGACAAAAAUUCAUGUUCAAGAGGUUCUUGACCUGGGACAAUUUCUUAAAAAAAAUGACAUGACUCAGCAUGCUAUAUACGAUCUUGUGGCUGUUUUGACACAUACAGGAACACUUGCUAGCGGUCAUUAUAUGACUUUUGCUCGACAUCUAAGCAACUCCGGUUGGCAUCAUUUUAACGACCAGCAUGUUCGUCAAGCGUCCUUGAGUGAGGUCUUGACAUCAGAUACAUAUGUUCUUGUUUAUGAGCGCCAACAUUUACGUCUUAGUUCAUGA